AUGUUGCAGUAUCUGUAUCUGUGGCUCCUCCUGGGCACUCGAUCCUUGGCGAUCCGUGGUGCACUGCAUCCGCCGGAACCGAAGGCGAUGGCUCCCCUGGCGGCAGCUGCUCUGGAGAUUCUGGAGGAGCAGGUCAGUCCGUCGCAGAGCACGUUAGCUGUAAUCGGAUUGACGCGGCAGGACCAGCACACGGAUCAUCAGCAGCAGGAGCUGAUGACCUCGAUCCUAAUGGAGAUGGGACUCUCGAUGGCAUUGCGCACUUUCCAAGAACCACCCACGGAGGUGCCCGCCGCCUAUGUGGUUUUCCUGGUCAACUCCGCCGAGGCCUUCAACACGUUGGGUUUCCACUUCACCGAUCACCAUGCAACCAGGGAAUAUAACUUUCUGAUCCUGCUCACACGCGGCAUGUCCUCGCGAGCCGAGAGAGUCAAGGUGCUGAGGGAGAUAUCCAGUACCUGUGUGAGGUUCCACACCCUCAACGUGAUCCUGCUCACCCAGAAGAAGAACGGCGUGGUGCUGGUCUACGCCUAUCGCAUGUACAACAAGUAUUGCGAUUUGAGCGUAACGCUCGAGCAGAUUGAUCAGUACGAGAACGGAUCCUUUCGGUUGGGUCAUCGGGCGAGGUCCUUCGAUCGGGCUCUGAAUAGUUUGUCUGGAUGUCCCUUGCAAGUCAGCUGGUAUCCGUUGGCGCCCUUUGUGUACUUUCUCGGCAACUCCAGUGAUCCGGAGGAGCGGACUCAAACCUGGCGACUAACUGGCAUCGAUGGCGAGCUCAUCAAGUUGCUGGCGGAGAUCUUCCACUUUCGCAUUCUGCUCGAGGAGCCGUGCGACAAGUGCCUCUCGCCGGACAUCGCGGAUGAAUGUAGUGGCUGCUUCGACCAGGUCAUCUACAGCAACUCGUCCAUUUUGAUUGGAGCGAUGAGCGGCUCCCAUCAGCACCGAUCGCAGUUCUCCUUCACGAGCUCCUAUCACCAGAGCUCCCUGGUGUUCAUCAUGCACGUGAGUCCGACUUUCGGGGCAGUUGCCCAGUUGGCGGUGCCUUUCUGUGGCCUAGUUUGGCUGGCUCUGGUUGUCUCCGGUGUCCUGGUGCAUCUGGUUGUUUGUCUUGGCCAGCGGAUCGAUGUGGGCCACUCGGAUGCCACGCGCAAUGCUCUUCAGGUGCUCACCACUUUAAUAGGAAAUCCCCUGGAGGCGAUUAGUCUACCCAGAAGCUCACGGGUUCGCAUCCUCUUCGCCGGCUGGCUGCUCUUGGUUUUGGUCCUGCGAAGUGCCUACCAGGGCAAGCUCUUCGAUUCCUUCAGGCUGGCCUAUACCAAACCGUUGCCCACGGAAAUAUCGCAGUUGAUAAAGGCGAACUACACGCUGAUCACCCAGGAGUACUUGGACUUCUAUCCGCGCCAGUUGACGGUGCUGACCAGGAAUGGAUCGAAGGACCGCUUCGACUACAUGCAGGAGGUGGGCGACAGUGCCAGGAUCACCACCACCUCCCUAAUGGCCACCAUGACCUUCUACAACCUGCGGCACUGGUCGACCAGUCGGCUAACCCACAUAAAAGAGCACAUCUUUCUCUACCAACUGGUCAUCUACCUGAGACGUCACUCGCUGCUCAAGUUCGCCUUCGACCGGAAGAUCAAGCAGCUCCUCUCGGCGGGAAUCAUCGGUUACUUCAUCCGCGAGUUCGACAGCAGCCAGAUCAAGAGUCCCUACGAGGAGGACUUCGAGGUGUCGCCAAUACCCCUGGACUCCUUCUGCGGCGUGUACUAUAUAGCUUCGAUUCUGCUGACAGCAGCUGUGAUUGCCUUUUGCCUGGAGUUGGCCAGCUUGAGAGUCACCUGGUUGAGGAGGCUCUUUGAAUAG